AUGGCUGAACGGACAAGCAGGCGGCGGUCCUUCCGCUUCCCGAUGCCUAGGCUGAUGAACCCAGCACCUACCAUUACCAGACGCCCAACUGAGUCCCAACCCCCAACCACACAGGCUGCUGAAAUACCAAUUCAAGGAUCACUGUUUCAGCGUCGAGGAAGAUCCCGUUCACAACCCCACACUCCUCCUAACACGCCUGAACUCCGACCCCCCCCCUCACCAUCAUCUUUUGCUAAAUUUCUACCAUUUUGUAAGGUGCCUCCAUCACCUCAAUCACAGAAAACAUUCCAGCCCCCAUCGCCAUCCCGUAUAUCUCAACCUCAACCAGCAGCUCAGACUGCUUCAUCACCCCCAUCACCACCUAGCAAGGAUGUUCCAUCACCAUCUCAUACAGCCUCCCAGCCUCCAUCUCCAUCCCAUACUGCUCCUCAACAAACUCUUAGAACAAUCCCACUAUCCCCAUCUCCAUCUCGCAUAGCCCCUGUGGAACAACCAAAGGCUCAAGCUGCCUCCCAGCCCUCAUCACCUACCCAACAAGCACCAAUAUCACUACCAACAACUCAAGCCAACUCCCAUCCGUCAAUGCCAUCUCAAAAAGCCUCUCAGCCCCCAUCCCCAUUAACGUUAUCCUCUGCCCAAGAUGAGCCAGUAUUGCCUCAGCCACCAUCCCAAAAACCACCACCUUUGGUAGAAACCUCAUCUAAACCUGCCUCUACCUCCCAAAUCAAAAACCAAAUAAGAGCUACAACUAAGUCAAAUGAGGCUGUAAAAUACCCAUCCCAAGCAUUAGACCAAGUUGUGGCAGGUACAUCCUCUUCCAGAGAAGUUCGAGAGACACCUUUCCUGCAACAGACAUCUCCAAAAGCAGAAGAAACCAAAGCAGAACAGAAAACAAGCCUAGAACCAAAGAGAGCGGAAAAGCCCAAACCCUCAGCUGACGAGGAACCAAAGCAAAGGACAAUCACAGAACUCAUUAGCGUGGCUUCAGGAUUGAGAACAAAAACAAAAGGGCAGCCAAAUAUCACACCUCAAGAUGGAAAAAAGAAGCUGGAGAAGCAAGCAGCUCUAGAAGGAAAGCAAACCACAGAAACUGGUUCUAAAGACAGAGAGAGCAAAGUGGUUACUGCAUACCCAAAAGAAAGGAGUAUGGGCAGUGAAUCUCGCCCAGAAUCGACAAUAUUUCUUGGUGACCAAGGCAUUUUGCAAAGAGAGAUCAGGGACGACAUUUCAAAGUUAGUCAACAAACUGGCCAUGGGAGAUCCAAAACAGGCAAUAGAUGGAAAUCAAGCAACUGUUAUAACCCUGGCUGGAGAAAAUAGAGGAGCUGUCAUGCACGUAGGAACUGAGUCAGCAAAAGGAGAAGGAUCAGUUCACAUUCAUAGGGGCUAUAAACUCAAUCAGUACGACAAUGCCGAGACAACCACAGAUGAAGAAGGUAGCUCUCAGAGGAGGAUGGAGAAUCCAAAGACGGGAGAAGACACGACAACCUCAGCAUACAUUAAUAGCAAUGUGCAGAGUAUCAAUAAUUCAAUUAUUUUAAGCAGUUCCUGUAGCGAAAGAAAUCCUGGAGUUCACUUAAUUUUCUCUCACAAUACGAAAGACAAAAGUGAGAGUACUGAAAUAACCCCAGCUCAGAAGCUCACUCACGAGCCAAUAGUCAGAAGACGGUGCCUCAGAGCCCUUUUCUUGGAAUCCAGUGACACCGACCCAAACAACCUUGAAAAGCCACGCCGUCAUGGUUGCCGCUACAGCUGUGAGAAGAAACAGGACAAAGACAAGCAAACUGAAGUAUAGGUACAUGAAUAAUGAUAAUUUUCAUAGUCCGAAGUAUGCUAACAUCCUUCCUCUUUGGCAUGUAUUAUCUUGUUUCCAUCAGUUGUGGCUUGUGUGGAGCACAAGAGGUGUAUUGGUUGCAUGUAUUGAACUCUCUUUGAACAUUUAGAUCUA